AUGUCAGAAUUGCUUCAAGGAAUUGCCAGUCUUACAAAAAGUGUACAACAAACCCUCAACAGCUAUGAAGUGCGCAAAUUGGGCGAUAAAGUUCAAGGUUAUGUUAUGAAUUUUACUGAAACUGAGCAGAAAGUUCGUGAGGCUACUAAUGAAGAUCCUUGGGGACCAACAGGGCCGGAAAUGCAAGAAAUUGCGAGUUUAACCUUUCAGUAUGACCAAUUUACUGAGGUUAUGGGAAUGUUGUGGAAGCGUUUGUUACAGGACAAUAAAAUGGCUUGGAGACGUGUUUACAAGUCCUUAAUUUUGCUCAAUUAUUUGCUCAAAAAUGGGAGCGAACGAGUUAUUUCUACAGCCCGUGAUCAUUCUUUUGAAAUGCGGGCUUUGGAAAGUUACAAAUGUGUUGAUGAAAGAGGAAAAGAUGAAGGGGCAAAUGUUCGUCAUCGUGUCAAAUUAAUUUUGGAAUUAUUAAAUGAUGAUGAAUUGUUGAGAAAUGAGCGUCGUAAAGCAAAGGCUGAUGGGAGAGAGAAAUACCAAGGAUUUUCUAAGGAUGAUAUGUUAUAUAGAGGAGGCUCUAAUUCCUCAAAAUUCGAUUCUUUUGAGCGCUGGAAUGAAAAGAAAGUUGAAAAGGAUGAAAGAGAAGAGAAACAAAAAGAAUGGAAAUCAACUUCUCGUAGCGGUUCUAAUAGUGCCCGAAGGGAAGUUACAGCCUUUGAUUUUGAUACAGCGGAUAAUUCACGUUCAAGAGCAAGUGGUUCUCCGGAAUUGGGAAUUAGAGAGAGAACGCCAGAACCUUUAGAUGAGGCAGAAGAUGAAGAAUUUGGUGAUUUUACAUCUGCUAGAGCUGCUGCCCCAACAAAUGGAAAACAAACAAUUCCAACAUUUUCGUCUUCAAAAAAUAUUUCUUUGGCUAAUUCAAAACCUGUUGGUGGCGGUGGUGGAGGUGGAGGAGAUGUUGAUUUUUUAGGUUUGGAUUUAAUUGGAGAUGUUCCAACAACCAACAAACAAACAAAAAUUCAACAAAAUUUUGGAAAUUUUGAUCCUUUUUCUUCAUCAAAAAAUUUACCAGAAUCUAACAUAAUAUUUAUUGAACGUCCAAAGUCUCAACAACAACAACAGUCAAUAUCUCCAAUAGCUUCACAAAAUGUGAAUACUACUAAUUUUGUUCAAUCAACACCUUCAAUUCCUUCUGCUGCUCCAGAACUUUUGGAUUUGUUUUCGGCUCCAACACAGCCAAUAAUACAAAAUGGUAAACUUUUUUUUAUAAAUUAAAUUUAGUUGUCCGAAAAAUCAAAAAUUUUUACAAAAGACUAGGCUUUUCCGUUUUUUAUAAAACACGUUCAUAUCCACAUAGCUUUUUUUGAUAGUUUUUUUUUGGGAAAGUUCACUCACGUUCACACACAUACAUAGUUGCGACUUAUUUAUUAUAACUUUCAGAAAUUUCGAAGAAAAGGGUAAGGAAUGCUCCAGACACAGUGGGCUUAGGUCCUGAUAAGA